GAGAAGAACUACAACUCCCGGGGAGCCGGGAGGUCCGGCGGUGGGAGGGGUGGUGCUGCGGGGCCGGGACGGCGGCGAGCGCUCGGAGCCGGGGAUCGGCUCUUGGCCGAGGGCCGCCAUGGAUCUCUUCGGGGACCUGCGGCGCAUGAACAAGCGGCAGCUGUAUUACCAGGUCCUAAAUUUUGCGAUGAUCGUCUCCUCUGCCCUUAUGAUAUGGAAGGGGCUCAUCGUCAUCACUGGCAGCGAGAGCCCCAUCGUUGUGGUGCUCAGUGGCAGCAUGGAGCCAGCUUUUCACAGGGGAGACCUCUUGUUCUUAACAAAUUUCCACGAUGACCCGAUCAGAGCUGGUGAAAUAGUUGUUUUUAAGGUUGAAGGCAGAGACAUUCCAAUAGUUCACAGAGUAAUCAAAGUUCAUGAAAAAGAAAAUGGGAACAUCAAAUUUCUGACCAAAGGUGAUAACAAUGAAGUUGAUGAUAGAGGCUUGUACAAAGAGGGCCAGAACUGGUUAGAGAAGAAAGAUGUUGUUGGAAGAGCAAGGGGAUUUUUGCCUUAUGUUGGUAUGGUAACUAUAAUAAUGAAUGACUAUCCGAAAUUUAAGUAUGCUCUUCUGGCAGUAAUGGGAGCUUACGUACUGCUGAAACGGGAAUCCUGAAGCACAAAAAAAAAAAAAGCAUUCCAAGAACGAAGUGUGAACUUAAAGCUACGGGGAUAAAAAAAAAAAAAAAAGCCUAAUAUAUUUCAGAUGUUUUAAUUUCUGUCUGCCAAGCUGUGCAACCUUUCGUCUCGUCUAAAUAAAGGGUGUUACUGAUGAGCGAAGCUUUUGGCUCAUGGGUCAUGACAUAAUGGUGUAUUCACCACCUGAAAUAAGCAUUGCUUCUAGUUGGCCUUUUGCAGAAGGAUGAUACUGUCGAGUGCUAGAGCAGCUCAUGUGCUCAGUGAGCGCCGUGAAUACAGUGCCCUCAGACUGCAGUGUGAUGGAGGCUCUCCUCGCUUUCUCCUUCCUGCCUGUUCAGGUAUUUUGUUGUUUCUGAUCCAUCAGUGCACUCUUUUCACAGCCUUACGAGCCGUUCUGUCAGCACUCAGCAGAUACACAGCGUACACAUUGGAAUGGGGUGAGGUGUAGGAGUUCAGGAUGUCUAAGGAAACUGGAUAUGGAUUGGAGGAAGAAAAAAAGACAACAGAAAUGAUACAAAGGAGCUUUCAUUCUGAAUUGAGAAAUGGGGACUCUUCUCUCUGAAUGUGAAACUUGCUCCUUCGUGGUCUAGAGACAAAGAAGGGAAGGACCUGAUUUUUCGGGACGCAGCAUGAUUCUAGAAUUCAGGCUGUUGACCCUUUUGCCUUCGUGUUCCUAGCUGUGAAAUAAAGCUAACAAAAAGUUUUUGUGGGGCUUUAUAAAUACCUAAAUUACGACAUGAAAAGCACAGUUGAGUGCUCAGUAGUAUUACCAGUAAGGGAAAAGCACAACCCAAAUUCCCGUUUCGAGGAUGUGUUGUUCUGUCUAUGACACCUGAAAGAGUGUGGAACAUAAAAUUGAUUUUUCAUUUUAGAACUUAGCUGAGAACUGUCUUACGUGAAGUUCUGGGUCUUUCUCUUCUUGGCUUCCAGUGUCAGUAUUGUACCCUCAACAAAGCAGGACUUGUUUUCUUUGCGUGCUUUGUUUCUGUAGCUCUGAUGAGGAACAGCAUGAUGCUUUUUUUCCUACAGAGUUUUGUUUCUUCUGUAGUCCCUCACCUCGACAGAAAUACACCAUUAUGCAGUAAUGGCACCCCUUCUGUUGUAACUGAAAGGCAGGCAGCUGCUGGCUUCUUCCAAGUACUACUGCUUCUUUUGUGUCCUACUAAGCAGUUUUCGCAGCAAACUCUAAUAUAAAAAUGACUUAUUCCGUAUCAAUUUGUGUAGAAAUAAAAUUGAGUAUAAUAAA